UAUGAAUGUAACAUGUGUGGAAAGUCUUUUACCAAAAAAUCAAAGCUUACUCUCCACCACAGAACACACACAGGAGAGAGACCUUAUGAAUGUAACCUGUGUGGAAAGUGUUUCACCCAGAAAUCAAAUCUUACUGUCCACCAGAGAACACACACAAAAGAGAAACCUUUUGAAUGUAAGAUUUGCGGAAAGUUUUUCACCCACAAGGAAUAUCUUUCUACCCACCAGAGAACACACACAGGAGAGAAAUUUUAUGAAUGUAACUUGUGUGGAAAGUCCUUUACCAGGAAGUCAACCCUCACUGUCCAUCAGAUAACACACAUGGGAAAGAAACCUUAUGAAUGUAAUGUGUGUGGAAAGUCUUUCACCAAGAAAUCAAAGCUUACUGUCCACCAGAGAACACACACAAAAGAAAAACCUUUUCAAUGCAACAUUUGUGGAAAAUCUUUCACCUGCAAGGCAUAUCUUACUAGCCACCAGAGAACACACAAAGGAGAGAAACCUUAUGAAUGUAACAUGUGUGGAAAGUCUUUCGCCAGGAUGGCAUACCUUACUGUCCACCAGAGAACACAUACUAGAGAGAAACCUUAUGAAUGUAACAUGUGUGGAAAGUCUUUUACCAAGAAAUCAAAGCUUACUGUCCACCACAGGACACACACAGGAGAGAGACCUUAUGAAUGUAACCUGUGUGGAAAGUGUUUCACCCAGAAAUCAAAGCUUACUGUCCACCAGAGAACACACACAAAAGAGAAACCUUUUGAAUGUAAGAUUUGUGGAAAGUUUUUCACCCUCAAGGAAUAUCUUUCUACCCACCAGAGAACACACACAGGAGAGAAAAUUUAUGAAUGUAACUUGUGUGGAAAGUCCUUUACCUGGAAGUCAACCCUCACUGUCCAUCAGAUAACACACAUGGGAAAGAAACCUUAUGAAUGUAAUGUGUGUGGAAAGUCUUUCACCAAGAAAUCAAAGCUUACUGUUCACCAGAGAACACACACAAAAGAGUAUCCUUUUGAAUGUAACAUUUGUGGAAAGUCUUUCACCUGCAAGGCAUAUCUUACUAGCCACCAGAGAAUACACACAGGAGAGAAACUUCAUGAAUGUAAUGUGUGUGGAAAAUCUUUCAUGCAAAAGGGUAACCUUACUGCCCACCACAGAACACACACAGGAGAGAGACCUUAUGAAUGUAACCUGUGU